AGAGACCUGAGUGAAAACCAGAUAAAAGGAAUCCCUAGAAAGGCCUUUCGAGGAAUCAUUGAUGUGAAGAACUUGCAACUGGACAACAACCAGAUCAGCUGCAUCGAAGAUGGAGCCUUCCGAGCCCUGCGUGACCUGGAGAUCCUUACUCUCAACAAUAACAACAUCACCCGGAUUCCUGUUACCAGUUUCAAUCACAUGCCAAAGAUCAGGACUCUGCGGCUUCACUCCAACUUCCUGCACUGCGACUGCCACCUGGCCUGGCUGUCUGACUGGCUGCGGCAGAGGCGCACUAUCGGGCAGUUCACCUUCUGUUUGGCACCUGUAAACCUGCGGGGUUUUCUUGUGGCGGAGGUUCAGAAGAAGGACUUUGUCUGCUCUGGUUCCCAGUCUGAACCUCCGUCAUGCAGUGCCAGUUCCAUCACUUGCCCAUCUGCCUGCACCUGCAGCAACAAUGUAGUGGAUUGUCGAGGAAGGGGCUUAACAGAAAUUCCAGCUAACCUACCAGAGGACAUUUGGGAAAUACGUUUGGAACAAAACCUCAUCAAAAUCAUUCCCCCUGGAGCUUUUACCCAAUACAAGAAGCUUAAGAGAAUAGACAUCAGCAAGAAUCAAAUAUCUGACAUUGCGCCUGAUGCAUUCAAAGGCUUGAAAUCUCUCAUUUCAUUAGUGCUCUAUGGAAACAAGAUCACAGAGAUUCCCCAGGGCCUUUUUGAUGAUCUUGUGUCUCUGCAGCUGCUGCUGCUCAAUGCCAAUAAGAUCAACUGCCUGAGGGUAAACACGUUCCAAGGUCUGCAUAAUCUCAAACUGCUAUCUCUUUAUGACAACAAACUGCAGACCAUCAGCAAGGGGCUUUUUGCACCUCUCCGAUCGAUCCAGACUCUACAUUUAGCUCAGAAUCCAUUUGUGUGCGACUGCCAUUUGAAGUGGCUGGCUGAUUACCUGCAGGAUAAUCCGAUAGAAACCAGCGGUGCUCGAUGCAGCAAUCCGCGUCGCCUUGCCAACAAACGAAUCAGCCAGAUCAAGAGCAAGAAGUUCCGCUGCUCAGGGUCAGAGGAUUACAGAAGUAAAUUCACUGGCAAGUGUUUCAUGGACCUUGUCUGUCCUGAGAAGUGUCGCUGCGAGGGAACAAUUGUAGACUGCUCUAACCAAAAACUCACACGAUUACCCAGUCACCUUCCGGAAUAUACUACUGAUCUACGUUUGAAUGACAAUGAUAUUUCUGUUUUGGAAGCUAUUGGACUCUUCAAGAAAUUGCCCAACCUCAGAAAAAUAAAUCUAAGCAACAAUAAGAUCAAGGAGAUCCGAGAAGGCACAUUUGAUGGAGCUUCAGGAGUGCAGGAGCUGAUUCUGACAGAGAAUCAACUGGAGUCAGUGCAUGGACGAAUGUUUAGAGGCCUCACAGGGCUAAAGACACUGAUGCUGAGGAGCAACUCUAUCAGCUGUAUAAACAAUGACACCUUUGCUGGACUGAGCUCAGUGAGGCUUCUUUCUCUGUAUGACAAUCACAUCAGCACUAUUACCCCUGGAGCCUUCAGCACAUUAGUCUCCUUGUCUACAAUUAAUUUGCUGGCUAACUCCUUUAAUUGUAACUGCCAUUUGGCCUGGCUGGGAAAAUGGUUGAGGAAGAAGAGAAUUGUCAGUGGAAAUCCACGCUGUUUGAAACCCUUUUUCUUAAAAGAUAUUCCAAUCCAAGACGUGGAUGUCCAGGACUUCACCUGCGAUGGUAAUGAUGAAAGUAGCUGCUUGCUUUCACCUCCUUGUCCUUCCCAGUGUACCUGUGUGGACACAGUGGUACGUUGCAGCAACAAAGGGCUGCGGAUAUUGCCCAAAGGAAUUCCCAAAGACGUGACUGAGCU